GAGACCUGACGCACCAGCGCCUGCUGUCGCCCAGCCUCGCGCGUUACCAGAGCCACCACCACCGCCUCCGCAGCCCGCAGAGAAAGGAUCCGUCGUCGGUGAGUCGAAUGGUCCACCGAUCGCCGAAGAGCCAGCACCGAUGCCGAUAAUGUUCACGAUUCCUGCAGCCGGUGCCACAUCAGCUCCCGUUGGUGUGAUCAUACCCACCCAAGCUGCUGUAGCUCCACCGGCUUCAAACACUCAACAGGAGCAGAUUCGAGAACAGUCACCAGGGCUGGACGUGGUUCCAGCGCCUGCCAUUCCUGUCAUGCCCCCUGCACCCGCUGCGCCAGUCAUGGAAGCGAAUCGAACUCCUACGGGAGAUAGAGUCCCUGCACAACCUGGAACGCCACUGCCUGCACCAAUUCAAUCCAGCCUACCCCAACCUGCAGGAAGCCAGGAGAAUGCUGUGGCGGCUCCCGCUAUUGUGCAAUAUCCUCCCAUUCAAGCUCAUGAUCGUGUUCAGUUACCUACCCAGACGCUUCAAGUGCGAGAAGUCCCUGCUGAAACCCCGGCUGCAGUGGACCAGCCGCAGCCGACUGUAGAAAUGCCCGCUGAGCCUCCAGCUACUCGCUUGCAAGCAGGCUCUCAUGAACAAGGCCAGCCACAUUUGUUCAUCGCCAACGCCGUGCCAGCUGGUCAACAGGGCUCAGACGUGAGAGCGGCCAAUGCUCCAGCCACUCCAGCUACCCGACCUGAGCAAGCACACCACGGAGAACCGGGACACGGCGAGCAACAAGAAGGCCAUGCAGACGAAGAGAAUAUCAAUAUGAUGCUACAAGGGAUGCUCCAAGCUUUGGUGGAGGAAAUCGUUUUUGACGCAAUCAACGAUGAACGCAUGGAAAACACCGUCACUGAGCCGUCUCCAGCUGUGAGCACCAAUGUGACCAGCGUGCAACGUGGUUCCAAUGCCUCCGAUAGUUCAACACUCAGAACGUCGACACCUGUUACACCACCGCCCACAGAAAUACCGCCACCCCCGUCGCAACCACCUCCAGAUCGCCGCCCUUG